AUGGGAAGGAUUCUUACCUUGGGUCGAAUUUGGUACAAUACCAUUUUUCAUGCAUCUACCAAGUUUACUCCAUUUGAAUUGGUGUACAGACGAGCAGUCCCUAUGCUUGUUAGUUAUCCGGUAGGAAAAUCUCCAAAUGCCGAGGUAGAUCAAGAUUUAAUGGAACGGGAUCUACUGAUUAUAGAGCUCAAACAAAAUUUAUUCGGAUCUAUUAAUAGCAUAAAAGAGUACUACGACAAAGGACGCCAGGAGGAGAAAUUUGUGCCAGAGAAUAGGCGAGGUGGCAUACAAACUCGAAUUACCCACAGAGUCUUAAAUUCACCCAGUUAUCCAUGUAUCCCAAUCAAAAAGAACUUAAGUGAUGAUCAUGAGGCCCAAACUCGGUUACCGGAGGUAAACGGGGAUGGACAGAUCAGUGUGCGACCUCAACGAGCAUUACAGUAUAAGAGAAUAAAGUGGGUCGGGCGCUUUCUUUGGGAAGUCUUAAUCGAAUGGAGUGAAUUGUCGGAGGAGGAGGCGACUUGGGAGAAUUUGCAAGACAUUUGCAAUCAAUUUCUGAACAUUAUCCUUGAGGACAAGGACAUACUUGAAGGGGACGAGAAUGAUGAGAAUGAGGGCUCAGAUUGGGGACGUCGCGCCGCGAAGGCCGCGCACGCUGCGAGACCAUCACCUCACGAGAGAGCCGCGCCGCUAGGUCGUUCACGAGAUAACAGAGGGGACAAUCGACCCAGACGUCGUGCCGCGAAGGCCACGCAUGCCGCAACAAUAGCACCUCACGCCGCUGCGAUGCUGUUCACGAGGCAACAGAGAGGGCAGACGACCCAGGCGUCGCGCCGCGAGAACCGCCACGCCCCGACAUCGCGACUUCCUCACGUCGUGAAGGCGACCACGAGCCAACAGAGACUCAAGCUCUUUGAAGUCUAG